GGAGGGGAAGUAUUUCAUGGAGAAACACCUGAAGAUUUACCAUUAGUCCAACUGUCUACCUUAGAUAAUGAAAUUAUAGCUAGUUAUUCAGGUCCAGACAGUGGUCUGACAUCAACUAGACAAGAUGACAACCAAGAGAAAAAUGGAAAUGUGUCUAAGACUAUUGCUGGAGCUGAUUGUUGGAAUAAAAAAGAACAGCAAGCCUAUGGUAUUUGUAUCUCACUAUAUGAACAACAUCCUGUUAAUCAGAAGAUGUCAGGUAAUCCUAUAGCAGAUGCCUUCUCUAUUUGUGCUAGGAGGAAUAAUACUAUAAUGGUAAUAGCUGAUGGUGUCAAUUGGGGUGAAAAAUCUCGUCUAGCAGCUAGAUGUAGUCUUUAUGGCAGCAUGAAUUAUAUCAAUUCUCAGAUAUUUGAACAUAAUAAUCAACCGACAUCAACACAGGAUGCUUUAACUUUAUUACGAGAAUCUUUUGAUGAAGCCCACAGAUAUAUUUUAGAGAAAAAAGGUGGACUAACAACAAUAUGUGCCUGUAUUGUAUGUCCUGUGUCUAAUUCAGACCAAUAUGCCGUCUGCUGUGUCAAUGUAGGCGAUAGUUAUGGUUAUAUUUUUAGUCAUAAUCAUGGAAUACGUGAAGUAACUAUUGGAUCACAUGAUGUUUCAUCUGAACGUGAUAUUAGAGAUGCAGGAGGAGCAUUAGGUCCAGUAGAUGGUAUUAAUCCAGAACUGCAUAAUCUAACUUGUUCUCUGUCAUUUUGUAAUGAUGGGGAUAUUGUGUUUCUUACUACUGAUGGCAUUUCAGACAAUUUUGAUCCAGUUGUGACUAAAAUUGCUCUUCCCAUUCGAGAACCAGACUCUAAUAUUAACAUUGAUGCAUUGACCCAAGGAAAUGUGCCAGACAAACCAGAAAUGUCACCAAGGGAAAGGCAUGUUUAUUCUAUGAAAGAGAUGGAAAGAGUGGUUCACGAGUAUGAACUUGUUACUGAGGAGCAGUGCUCUGCUCAAGAACUUUGUGGAGCUAUGGUUCAACAUGUGCUUACUCUUACAGACACUAAGCGUAAAGUUCUCGAAAAUCCUUCACUAUAUUGCCGUAAGCGUCUAACAGUUACUGAACGCCAGCAAAGAGAUUCAGAUAUCGUUGCCAAGAUGUCUAAAGCUCCAGGAAAGUUAGACCAUGCUUCAAUUGUAGCAGUUGAAAUUGGUGCAUUUAUAAAGAAGCCUGACAGUGAGUCAGAUGACAUUUUCGAAGAAGUUGACGCUACCUCUCCAGAACCUUCUAGUCCCACUUGCUUAGAUUUACCAGACAACUUCAAUAAUCACAACUCCUUAUCUCACUCCAAAAAAUCUGGUGCUAGAAAAUUCUUCUCCAAGUUUAAAAACUUACCUUCGCCUACUGGUCACUCCACUUUUACUCUGCCUAUCUCACCUGUCAAGUCUAGUAAGAGAAACACUCGUACAGAAUCUGAAUCAGAAACUCCCACUUCUCCAACAAUACAAGAAUCUCCCUUUGAAGACAGUCCUGGUUCUAAAUCUCGUCGUAAAGGUCGUAAGGCUAACAGUUACCAACGAAGUCAUUCUUCAAAUGUCUAA